AUGCAACACUUCACAAAGGAGCAAGUGGACGCGUUCCGGGAGGCUAAGUUGGAGGAGAAACGUGAGCAGAUGAGGCAAGAAAGAGCGAAGUUCAAACAAUACAUGGAGAUGGAUCAGGAGCGAGAGGCGGAGAAAAAGCUGGAAGAGAAGCCCAGCGAGAUAGGGUUUUGGAGAGACUUCCAAAUGAGUUUCGCCGAGAACGUCCUUUCUGAUAAAAUGAAGGCGGUGAUGAUCCUCUAUGGUCUCGAUACCCGGAAGAGCGUGCAUCAUCCUAAGCACCCGCAAAUUUCUCCAACAGCAGAUUUGAUACCAUCAUUCCUAAAUAUGUGGUUCCCAUUCGCUUGGGGGGUUGCCAUCGCCUCGAGCAUUGGAUUCGCCAUGCCGGCAGCUGUAGUCUCGGCCAAAGGCCUCACUGCGUUCUUUUUUCUCCGAGGAGGCGCUGCUGCUUCUGCGGUGGGUAUUUUCUACAUUUCGGCGAGUUGUAUGUCGGAACAGGUCCUUUGGAAUGAGAUGAAGAAUCCCUCUACUUCGGAGCCGCCCGAAUCAACACCAGUGGUCAUCAGGGAAAAGGAGGGCAUGAAGUUUGGCUUUUCCCAGCUUACUAAAGGAGAACUCGCACUUCUCAGCUUUAUUAAUCUGGCGGCUGGAGCUCAGUACAUAUCUGCGUAG